CUUGCUCGUCGUUGUUGCCUGCGACGACCGCCGUCUACGUCUGUUUUGACUAUCCAUGAGACUGUUCAGAUACUCUUUCCCCUGAUAAACCACUUUUUACGACUCGAGGAGUCCUUGGAAGACGCAAACACAUCGCAAUGGCAAUAUGUCAAUUCUAUCUGCGAGGAGUAUGCAGAUUCGGUAACGACUGUAGAAACGAGCAUCCAGCAGACGCAAAACCGGGUGGUGGGUUUGGCGGAUCUGCCUGGAACCGCACGACAAGCACUGGGAACAACCCAAAGAUCACCCUUUUCACCACCGACAGUAUCAGAGACGACCUGACACCUGGAAAAGACAAACCGCUAUGGCCACUGUCUUCCUAUGGACCCGCCAAGUUCGAGCCCACCGUGAUUGGUGGAUUGGACAUGUCGAUGGAGGAACUACGAGUCAAGGCUGCUGCCGCAAAGGCUGCCAACAAUCCCAAUGAAUAUCUCACGUUUGAGGCGAACACCAUCUCGCAAGCCGAAUCUCGAUUAUCUGGUGCGCUCACAAACCAUCUCCAAGUAUACGAGAUGGCGAAAGGACAAUACGGCAAGGGCAACGCACCCGGUGGAACUGGCACAUUCGGUUCGGCAGGAACCACAUCGGCGUUCGGCGCACCCACCACAACGUCUGCCUUUGGCAGCACCACAACUCCCUCCGCGUUUGGUGCCCCCGCCGCAGGGACAUCAGCAUUCGGCACACCAGCACCAGCCACCUCGGCGUUCGGCGCUCCUGCUCCUGCUACCUCUGCUUUUGGCACACCGGCCAACACGGCCUCGGCUUUCGGAAGCACCACCACCACCACCCCUUCCGCCUUUGGGACCUCAGCCUUUGGCCAACCUGCCUCGACAUCUGCGUUUGGAAAGCCUGCUUUUGGCCAACCCGCGUUUGGUCAGACUGGGUUCGGAGCGUCGGGUAGCACGACAACGCCCGCUGCUGGUACGGGUGCAACAACCACCGGCGCUUUCGGCCAGCCGACGACGACGACGACGUCCGCGUUUGGUCAACCAGCGUUUGGCCAAACUGGGUUUGGUGCUAGCUCCGGGGGAGGAGGGUUGAUCAAACCUGCCUCAGGUGCUUUCAGCUCGUUCGCUAGUUCUGGCCCUAGUGCAUUUGGCGCUGGUGCUGCUUCUGGUACAGGCACUGGUACGGCGGGAGGAACGGGUGGCGGAGCGUUCUCUGCCUUCUCGGGCAACCAGCCUUCAGCAUUUGCUGCUGCAGCAGCCAACAAACCUGCUGGCGGAUCAGUCUUUGGACAGACUGGAUUUGGCUCCACGAAUACGGGUAGUGCUUUCGGGGGCGGGUCGUCUACGGGAACGUCGGCUUUUGGAUCUCCAGCUCCGGCUACCAGCGCGUUUGGAAGCACCACCACCACAACUCCAUCUGCUUUCUCUGCGUUCGCGAAUAGUACGAAUACUGCUCCCGGGACGGGGACGCCAUCGGCGUUUGGCGCACCCCAAAAUCCGACCGUGUUCGGUCAGCCUUCAGGGUUUGGCGCGAAUGCUGCCGCUGGGGGCAGCGGCUCCACCAACGCCUUUGGAGGAUCCUCGUUCGGUCAGCCAGCCGCACCCACCUCGGCUUUUGGCCAACCCGCACCGGCGACAUCCGCAUUCGGCGCACCCACCAACACGACGACGACAUCAGUCUUCGGCCAACCCUCCCAACCCUCCACCGCAAGCCCCUUCUCAGCAUUCGGAAGCGGUUCAUCCGGGUUCAACGUCGCUUCCAACACCGCCACCGGUCCUACGCAACCCACCUCUAUCAGCAGCCAAAAACUCGAUUUCGACAAGGCGCAUUAUGGUGUUAUACCGGGUUUUGCUGGUGACCAGAAUUUACCGCCGAAUUAUGGUGAGAUUUUGCCGGAGGGGGUGGGGGAGGCGUUCAAGGCGGAUAGGUUUGAGUGGGGGAAGGUGCCUGUGCCUGAGUGGGUACCGCCGUUGGAUGUGAGAGCGAGAGGGCCUACGUUGUUUUCGUAG